UUGUACUUUCUGGUUUUGUCCCAUCUGUGCUCUGAAAGAGAAUGCCACAGGGAGAUACAGGAUGGUGGCAUGUACAGCUGAGGGGAUGAACAAUAGAUGGUCUACUGAUGGUGCUUUUUGCUCACUGAACAAAUGCAACAUUUCCUAAGUACACUAGUCUGUAGAGUUUUUCCUGUAGUGUUUAUUUAAACUACUUAUAGGUGAGUGAGUUCUGUUCAAAUUUCAGUGGGUUGUUAUGAUCUGGUUAUUAAAAUUAUUAAGGAGGUGCCCCUGAAUUAAGGUGCAAAAUGAGACCAUCUGCCAAAGUGGAUAGUCUGGAUUUUAUGUAACAGUAAAUGUGAGGAAGAGAGAGGGAGAAAGAAAUAGAAAAAGGAGGGGGGGACGGAGGUUGAUGGGAAGGGGGCAUGAAAGAGAGUGACAGAGACAGAUUUAGUAGAAAAGAUCACCAUUCCAUGGAUCCCAUCCCAUCCCAUUCAAUCCUCUUCUGGUCUUCUCUGUGGUGAGGUUUCGCAAAAUGUAAGACUCCAAUGGAUGAAUGCAGAUUUGGGCAAGGUGGGACAGCCCAGGUACCUCCCUGGGGAAGGGCAAGUUGGGCUCUGUCUUUUGCUACUUUCAAAUAAUAUACAUUGUUAGCACCAGUAUAUCCUUUCAGUCUGCCACGAAUUGGGCUGUGGAUUUUCGGAUCUAUUGUGCUACUUUGCAUGCCAUGCAGUCAUCUGGUGCAAGGGCUCAGGAAUGGCUCUGGGGGCACUUUGGGGGUCUUUGAUGGGCUAUGACACCCCCUGAGCUGCCCCUGAUGGGAAUGUCCCCUGGAUGUGGCCUUCUGGGGGUGGGGGGUUUUAGAGCUGAGCCAGUUUGUGUGAGGGAGGAUGGGUGUCCACUGCCCCUUACCAGCGGUUGUGCCAGAGACCCAAAAUUUCCUCCUGCCCCUCUGUUGAUGGGAGGUGUGUGUGCAAACCUGGCCUCAGCAGAGGAGUCUGUGGCUGUGACUUGCCCAGCCUGAAGGCAGACAGAGCUGAUUUUCAGGACAGCUGCUGGCUUUGGCUUUGUUGUGGAUCUAUUUUUCUCCCUUGGCCUUGUUCACUUCUCCCGAGACCUGAGCUAAUGGGGCAAUAGUGUCACCUUUAUCUUGCCUCAAGUUCCCAUGUGGGCCUUAACUGCCAGUCUCAAGUUCCAGUCAGGAGGCAUUUUCAGGGAAGGGUGGGCUUGGGUACUCUCAGCUUCUUUGUACAGUUUUGUCACAAUUGGAAAAAAGUCCUUUGUAGCAAUAUUUAAGCCAUGAGCCAUAACAUUGCAGUCUCUCCCAAGUCCAGUGAGGAGCAGCUGAGAGAGCAGGGGUUGUUUAGCCUAAAGAAGAGGAGGUCCACUCAAGAUGGUUUUAAGUAAUAUUUAAGCUACAGCUUUGUCUGUUCUAAGUAUUAUUAAUGUUCAGCUUUUUAGCUCCAGAUUUCAGCAAGAUCCAUUUUUGAAUUGCACAAGGGAGCCAUCUAGUCCAAAUAAAGUCCAACUAGAGGCCUAACAAUACUAGCUACUUAUGCCAAGCAAGCACUUAGCUAUUUCAAAUGAUAUAAAAUGUUUAGCAGCAGUGUAUGCCUUGAGUCUGCCACGCAUUGGGUUCUGGAUUUUCAGAGUUCCAUUGUUGCUCCUUCCAGGUUUUGCUGAGGCCUUGUUGCUCCUCUGUGACAUCCUCCCUUCAGAAUGGCUUCUGGAUUCCCGAAAAAGACACCGACACCUCGUCUUUUGCUGAGGGAAAGACUGCAGUCUAACACUGCCAAGACCCAGCACCAGAAGCCAAGAGAAGAGCCCGGAGUAUGCAGGAGCUCUCCUUCUGCCACGCGAAGCAAGAUGUGCAGCAGAGAGCAGGAGACUGGGAAUGCUGGCAACGGCUGGGAUGAGGAGAGUAGAAAAAGCCAGGAGCUCAGAGCAGAGGGAAAAGGAAUAGAGACCUCCUUGCUGUGCUCCACUGGCGGGGAAAUGAAGAAGAGACAAUUGGGAAAAUCUUUGAUUCCUCGUCUGCGCAAGGCAGGAAUUCCCCCUGUGGGCAGUGCUGCUGGGUCUGUGCACAGCUCUCCAAAGAUGGAAUUGCAGGAGUCCCAGGAGAUGAGGCCAAGACCCAGCAGCAGAAGCCAAGAGAAGACCCCAGAGUAUGCAGGCCUCUCACUGAGUCAGGCCAAGGAGACAGAUCAUCCCAGCAGUCCUGGUCUUAGGAGUGACAAAGAGCUGAGGGACAGCUUUGGAAAGACCCGCGCUGAAUUGUGCAGGUUGGCUAAAGAGAACUUAGAGCAGAAGAAAAUGGAGAUUUUGUUGGAAGAGAUGAAGAGGAGACAAAAUGAAAAAUCAUUGCAGCUUCCUCCAGAGACAUUUGAGCCUGGAGAUGCAGCUGAAGCAAGCUUCAGCCUACCACCUAUCAAUGGCACAGCUCCCAGUGUACAGAGAAAAGAUGCUGGUAGCGCCAUGAAGAAAACAGUCGUGAGAAAGCAGGACACGGUGCCCUUACAGCCCAGUACGCCCACCCUCCAUGGAGAUGGCAGCUUCCCACGCAGCUCCUCGGGUAAGCCUGCUCCAUGGCAGCAUUUUCCUGCAGGGGUUUGUCCUUGCAAAAGGAGCACGAACUGCCUCCUGCCUCAGCCAGCACAGCCGGGAUCUUGGGUUCAUAGUGUGUCCUGAGAAUGAACAGCAAAU